CCACCAACGGCCUGCCCGCCCCUCCCCUCCCUGUGAGCUCAGAGCCGCAAGACAAAGUGCUUGGGACCAGGACAGAGACCUGAGAGCAGCCAUGGGCUCCGGAGGAGCGGGUCUCCCUGGGGUCUGGUGGCCCCUGCCUCUCCUGCUUCUGUUCAUGGGAGGCACGGCUCAGGACUCCCCACCCCAGAUCAUAGUCCACCCCCAGGACCAGCUGCUCCAAGGCCCUGAGCCCGUCCAGAUGAGCUGCCAAGCCUCCGGCCAGCCGCCUCCCACCAUCCACUGGCUGCUGAAUGGGCAGCCCCUGAGCAUGGAGCCCCCAGACACACACCAGCUCCUACCUGAUGGAACCCUGCUGCUGCACUGGCCCUCCACCCAGGCUCACGCCCGAAACAACCAGGCCCUAUCCACGGACCUGGGCAUCUACACAUGUGAGGCCAGCAACCGGCUGGGCACAGCGGUGAGCCGCGGCGCGCGGCUGUCUGCGGCUGUCCUUCAGGAGGAUUUCCGGGUCCAGCCCCAGGACACAGUGGCCACGGUGGGCGAGCAGGUGAUCCUGGAGUGCUGGCCACCCUGGGGCUACCCAGAGCCCACGGUCUUGUGGUGGAAGGAUGAGAAACCCCUGGCCCUCCAGCCGGGGCGGCACAGGGUGUCCAGUGGCUCCUUGCGGAUGCUAAGAGCAGAGAAGAGUGACUCAGGGACUUAUAUGUGUGUAGCCACCAACAACGCGGGACAGCGGAAGAGCCGGGCAGCCAGGGUGUCUGUCCAGGAGCCUCUGGAGCUUCUGGCUGUGCGCAUUCAGCUGGAAAACGUGACCCUGCUGAACCCGGGUCCCUCCGAGGGCACCAAGCCUGCGCCUGCCGUGUGGCUCAGCUGGAAGGUCAGCGGCCCUGCUGCCCCUGCCCAGUCCUACACGGCGCUAUUCAGGACCCAGCCGGUGCCAGGAGGCCAGGGAGCUCCGUGGGCAGAGGCCCCGCUGGCUGGCUCGCAGAGCGCGGAGCUCGGGGGCCUCCGCUGGGGUCAAGACUACGAGUUCAAAGUGAGACCGUCCUCCGGCCGGGCUCGGGGCCCUGACAGCAACGUGCUGCUCCUGAGGCUGCCUGAGCAAGUGCCCAGCGCCCCUCCCCAGGAGGUGACCCUAAAAUCGGGCAAUGGCAGCAUCCUUGUGAACUGGGUCCCACCACCUGCUAAAAACCACAAUGGCAUCAUCCGUGGCUACCAGGUGUGGAGCCUGAGCAACACCUCAUGGCCGCCAACCAACUGGACAGUGGCCGGUGAGCAGACCCAGCUGGAGAUUGCCACCCAAACGCCAGGUUCCUACUGUGUGCAGGUGGCUGCCGUCACCGGCGCUGGGGCUGGGGAGCCCAGUAGCCCCGUCUGCCUCAUUUUAGCUCUUCCCCCUUCUCUGUCCGACCCUCGUUGUUCCCCCUGCCCCCUACCCCUGAGCUCCAAAUCCUAUACAGAGCAGACCAUGGAGCGAGCCACCUGGGAGCCCAAAGACCCCGGCCCAUGGAUCCUGGAGCAGCUGAGAGCAACGUUGAAGCGUCCAGAGGUCAUUGCCACCGGGGCUGUCCUGCUCUGGCUGCUGCUGCUGGGCACCACUGUGUGUAUCCACCGCCGGCGCCGCGCUGGGGUGCACCUGGGCCCAGGUCUGUAUAGAUAUACCAGCGAGGACGCCAUCCUAAAACACAGGAUGGACCACAGCGACUCCCCCUGGCUGGCAGACACUUGGCGAUCCACCUCCUGCUCUCGGGACCUGAGCAGCAGCAGCAGCCUUAGCAGCCGGCUGGGAGUGGACCCCCGGGACCCACUGGACCGCCGGCGCUCCUUGAUCUCCUGGGAUCCCCGCAGCCCUGGGGUGCCUCUGCUUCCCGACACCCGCACUUUUUAUGGCUCCCUCAUCGCUGAGCUGCCUUCCAGCCCCCCAGCCCGGCCAAGCCCCCAGGCCCCAGCUCUCAGGCGCCUCCGACCUCAGCUGGCCCGGCUCUCCAGCCCCUGGCCCAGUUCCGACAGCCUCUGCAGCCGCCGGGGGCUCUCUUCCCCUCGCUUCUCUGUAGCCCCUGCAGAGGCUUGGAAGGCCAAAAAGAAGCAAGAGCUGCACCAGGCCAACAGCUCCCCGCUGCUCCGGGGCAGCCACCCUAUGGAGCUCUGGGCCUGGGAGGCAGGAAAUAAAGGCUCCAAGAACCUUUCCCAAAGCCCAGGACCUGUGCCCCGAACUCUGGUUGCCUGGAGGGCCCUGGGACCGCAGAUCCUCAGCUCCUCCAGCGAGCUGACUUGCCCUCUCCGGCCAGCACCCCUCUCUUCUCAUGAACCCCCCACUCAGAAUCAACAGACCCAGCACACGGCAGAGCCCCGAGCUCCCUCCCCCCACCCCCUGUCAGCAGCCCCCAUUCCCACCUGCAGGCCCUCCAGUACCGCCAGCCACUCCAGCCACCGGGCCUCCUCCCUGUCCGGUCCCAGCCCAACCUCCAGUCGCCUGUCCAGCUCUUCGCUGUCAUCCCUGGGGGAGGAUCAGGACAGUGUGCUGACUCCUGAGGAGGUGGCCCUGUGCCUGGAGCUCAGUGAGGGUGAGGAGACCCCCAGGAACAGCGUCUCUCCAAUGCCAAGGGCUCCUUCACCCCCCAGCACCUACGGGUACAUCAGCGUUCCCACAGCUUCAGAGCUGGCAGACAUGGGCAGAGCUGCCGGAGGGGUAGGGUCUGAGGUGGGGAGUUUGCUGUGCCCACCUCGGCCCUGCCUCACCCCCACCCCCAGUGAGGGCUCCCUGGCCAAUGGCUGGGGCUCAGCCUCCGAGGACAACGCCCCCAGUGCCAGAGCCAGCCUGGUCAGCUCCUCGGACGGCUCCUUCCUGGCCGAUGCCCACUUCGCACGGGCCCUGGCAGUGGCCGUGGACAGCCUUGGCUUUGGUCUGGAGCCCAGGGAGGCAGACUGCGUCUUCACAGGUGCCUCAUCGCCUCCCUCCCCCCGGGAUGACCGCUUGCUGACUCGCACCCUCUCCCUGCCCCUGUGGGGGUGGAGGUCAGACUGGCUAGAGGACCUGGAGAACAACCACAUCCAGCGACUGGGCAGAGGGCUGCUGCCCUGGCCCCCCAACUCUUAGAACUCUCCCCAGAGAAGCCAUCUCAGCUGUGCUGCACCCAAGGCUGGCCAGACUCGUCCUGAGGCAUGUCCCCGAGACUCCCCACCCCAGCCCCCCAAGAAGAGACUCAGAACUCCCUCUCCUAUCAGCCACGGGCCCUGAGGAGGGCUGGGCCCUGGACUGCAGAUCUUGGUCGGUGCAUCUCUGCCCUUGGGUACAUCUGGCCUCCAGGAGAGCUCGCCCUCCUUGACCGUGAAAAGGAAUGAAGCAACACAAUCAGAGCAAAGCAGACCCGGAGCCCCCGGAGCAAAGAACGGUCUCCACCUGGCGCCUUGCUUGUCCUCGGCUCUGCCCAACCCCACAACCAAACUGUCUGGCUUAAGGAGCCAGCCCAUCUCCUGCUCUCCCAUCCACGGGGAUCAUGAGACAUGGGGGAGCCAGGGAUCUUUCUGGGGGGCAGUGGCAGCUUGUGGGGGUGGGCCGUGGAGGAAGGGGCUCCUCAAGCCUCCCUUCAGCCUCACUGGACCGUGUUCCGUAGAGGGGCUCCACGCCCGCCCCCCCCCCCCACACACACACACCAUGUAAAGGAGAUACAGAGCAGAGCCCUGAGCCACGAGGCCCAACCCAGCACCAAGGCAAAGUCCCAGGCGGACCAGGGAGGGAGCUCCAGGGCGGGAGGUGCGGAAUGGGGACAAAACCACCCUCCCCGCACUGCUGUCAAGUGAGCCCAAGGAAUUAAUACUAUGACAUGGCAAUGCCCUGAGUUCCGUGAGCUCUUUUCCCGGAGUGUCGUUUGCGGGGUGAAGGGGGGCACGUGGAGAUAGAGAAAGAAUUGCCUGAACUGGAAAGGGAGCAGACAUUGGCUGACACUGGGCCAUGUCACUCAUCCCUGUCCAGGAACUAAGGGGAGAAUUAUGUUCACCCAUCCGAUUGGAAGCAGGACCCAGGCAAGGGAGGGCUGGGCAUGGUCAGGGCCUGCUGGUCUUGGCAACUGUUCCUGAGAAGACAACUCCUGCCUCCAGCCGCCCCAGCCCCCUCCCCAGAGACCAGUCCCAGGUGGUUUCUUAAAACAACGUAGCUCAUCCCACAAAAGGUAGAGCCACCUGUCAUGAUUGGCUGGUGCACACCCUUCCACCAGAACAACACAGCAAACCAGCAGUGGAGCGGGACUCCCGGGGCCUCCGCCCCAGACAGCGGAGGGGAGCAGGUGACGAUGUCUCCCCC